UCUGCUGUUUUGGACGUCAUGAGCAUUGCAAUCCCUCUGGGAGUCACUACACCAGAUACUUCCUACUCAGAUAUGGCUGCUGGAUCAGAAAAGGAAGUGGAAGCCCCCUACCUUUCAAGACGAAGUGGCACUACACCAGGAUGUGAAAGUCCAGCGAAAGAGACCCAAGGGGCCUAGGGGGCAGCACACCCCCAGAAGCCAAGUCUAUUCCAGGCAGUACCAGGGAUUAGGGUCUGGGCUGGAAAAAUCCUGGUGUUUUGAAUAUGUUCAGGUCCAGUUCAGACUCUUGAUCCCACAGCCACUUCUUGAGUGAGGGUUUCCUGUCUUGGUAGUGAAUGGAAGAGGGCCUGGUCCCUGGGGCAGUACAGAAGGCACUUUCAUCAUCUCACUCACUGCAAAUGUCAUGUGAGGUUUCAUGGAAGUAUUAAGAGAUCCAAUUAAGAAGAAUAGUUCUGAGUCUAAACCAGCCCAGAGUGGCUUCUCUAGGGGAAACUCCCCGCUCAGCUGCCCUGAAUCUGUGGAGGCUAGUCCAGCAGUUAAUGAGAAGAGCGUGUAUUCCACUCAUAAUUAUGGGACCACUCAGAGACAUGGGUGUCGAGGACUGCCUUAUGCUGAUCAUAAUUACGGAGCCCCUCCUCCUCCGACACCUCCUGCUUCUCCCCCUGUCCAGACGAUCAUCCCUCGUUCUGACCUGAAUGGCCUGCCGUCACCCGUAGAGGAACGCUGUGGAGACAGCCCGAACUCUGAAGGAGAGACUGUUCCUACCUGGUGUCCCUGUGGUCUUUCUCAGGAUGGCUUCCUCCUCAACUGUGACAAGUGCAGGGGAAUGAGCAGGGGGAAGGUUAUUAGACUUCAUCGGCGGAAGCAGGACAACAUAUCAGGUGGGGAUAGCAGUGCAACGGAAAGCUGGGAUGAGGAGCUUUCUCCUUCCACUGUGUUGUACACAGCAACACAGCACACACCGACAAGCAUCACCUUAACUGUUAAUCGAGUUCGAAGAACCAAACCCAAGAAACGGAAAAAGAGUCCAGAAAAGGGUCGUGCCGCACCAAAGACGAAGAGAAUCAAGGCAUUUCGAGAGGGAUCCCGGAAGUCCUUGCGGAUGAAGAAUUCUCCCUCUGAAGCACAGAAUUUAGAUGAGAAUACAACUGAGGGCUGGGAAAAUCGGAUAAGACUGUGGACUGAUCAAUAUGAAGAAGCAUUUUCUAAUCAGUACAGUGCAGAUGUACAAAACGCCCUGGAACAACAUCUACAUUCUAGCAAGGAAUUUGUGGGCAAGCCUGCCAUUGUAGACACUAUUAAUAAGACAGAAUUGGCCUGUAACCAUACAGUUAUCGGCUCCCAAAUGCAGCUACAGCUGGGAAGAGUCACUCGUGUUCAAAAGCACCGAAAGAUCCUGAGGGCUGCAAGAGAUUUAGCUUUGGACACUCUUAUAAUAGAAUAUCGAGGAAAAGUCAUGUUACGACAGCAAUUUGAAGUCAACGGGCAUUUCUUCAAAAAACCAUAUCCCUUUGUGCUCUUCUACUCAAAAUUCAAUGGCGUAGAGAUGUGUGUGGAUGCUAGAACUUUUGGUAACGAUGCUCGAUUCAUCAGAAGAUCAUGCACUCCAAAUGCAGAGGUACGGCACAUGAUUGCAGACGGAAUGAUUCACCUGUGUAUCUACGCUGUGUCUGCCAUCACCAAGGAUGCUGAAGUCACCAUAGCUUUUGAUUAUGAGUACAGUAACUGUAAUUAUAAAGUGGACUGUGCAUGUCACAAGGGAAAUCGGAAUUGCCCGAUACAGAAGAGGAAUCCCAAUGCUGCAGAGCCGCCAAUCCCACCUCCUCCAAGCCUACCCACUGUUGGAGCAGAGACCAGGCGUAGAAAGGCACGACGGAAAGAGCUGGAAAUGGAGCAACAGAAUGAGACUCCAGAGGAAAAUAGUGACCAGCAACCAGAAGUUCCAGAAAAAGGAAAUGUGUCCAGUGACCCUGAGGAAAUAGACAAUCUAGAAGAACAACCAGAAGAAGAGAAAGAAGAGGUCCUUGAUGAUCAGGAGAAUUCAGCUCAUAGGAGGACACGGGAAGAUAGGAAGGUUGAAGCCAUCAUGCAUGCUUUUGAAAACCUAGAGAAAAGGAAGAAACGGCGGGAUCAGCCUUUGGAGCAAAGCAACUGUGACACAGAGAUUACUACCACCACCACAGAGACUCCUGUGACAGAGGAGACAAAAGUGGAAACCCCUGAACCUGAAGUUAGCAACCCUGUUUCAAAUGUUACCAUCACAAGCACCCCACAGAGUGUUGGUGUGAACACUCGGAGGUCUUCCCAAGCAGGCGAUGUUGCUGCAGAAAAGCCAGUCCCUAAACCACCUCCAGCAAAGCCUUCUAGGCCCCGACCGAAGAGUCGCAUUUCUCGAUACAGGACCAGUUCAGCCCAAAGACUGAAGCGCCAGAAGCAGGCCAUUGCACAGCAGGCGGAGCUGUCACAAAACGCCUUGGAAGACGGAGGAAAUAGUAGCUUGGUAACUCCUGCUGAAGUUGGAAAUGUAGACAAUUUCGGAGAGAAUCGACAAUUACUAGGGUCUGACCCAGUAGUGGUAUCAGUUCCUGGAUCCCAUGUCAACCGUGCAGCAUCGAAGUACCCUAAAACCAAAAAGUAUCUAGUUACAGAAUGGCUGAAUGACAAAGCAGAGAAGCAAGAAUGCCCUGUUGAGUGCCCUUUACGUAUUACCACGGACCCAACUGUACUGGCAACAACUUUGAAUAUGUUACCUGGUCUGAUCCAUUCCCCGUUAAUUUGCACCACUCCCAAACACUACAUUCGCUUUGGUUCACCCUUUAAUCCUGAGAGGCGCCGACGGCCCCUUCUGCCUGAUGGCACAUUCAGCUCCUGUAAGAAGCGCUGGAUGAAGCAAGCGCUGGAAGAAGGAAUGACUCAGACUACAUCUGUGCCCCGAGAGACGAGGACCCAGCAGCUGUACCAAAGGAACGAGGACAGUAGCUCUGCAGGCAUCUGCAGAGACAGCGCAGACUUGUUGAGCCCAUUAAAGAAAUGGAAGUCUCGCUAUCUGAUGGAGCAGAAUGUCACCAAGUUACUACAGCCUCUAUCUCCAGUCACACCGCCCCCUCCCAAUCCAGGAUCAAAGAGUCCCCAGCUGACCGCACCUGGUUCAUCUCAUCCAGGAGAAGAGGAUUGUCGAAAUGGAUACAGCCUCGUGUUCUCACCAGUCACAUCUCUUACUACUGCUAGUCGCUGUAAUACUCCUCUGCAGUUUGAGCUUUGUCACCGAAAAGACAUCGAUUUGACAAAAGUCGGAUACCUUGACUCCAACACUAACAACUGUGCUGACAGGCCCUCUCAGCCCAACUCAGCCCAUUCUGACCUGGCUCCUCAUCCUUCUGUCGGGCCCACGUCUGAGUCUGGCUUUCCAAGCAGGAGUGGAGAUGGACAUCAGACCCUUGUAAGAAACUCGGACCAGGCAUUUCGGACAGAGUUUAACUUAAUGUAUGCCUACUCCCCUUUGAACGCUAUGCCUCGAGCAGAUGGACUGUAUCGAGGUUCUCCCCUGGUAGGGGAUAGGAAGCCUUUCCUUUUGGAUGGGGGAUACUGUUCCCCCGCAGAAGGGUUUCCCAGCAGAUACGAGCAUGGAUUUAUGAAAGACCUUUCUCGUGGACCCAUGUCACCUGGUGGUGAGAGGACCUGUGAAGGACUCCCAUCUGCCCCGCAGAACCCACCGCAGAGGAAGAAGGUGUCCCUGCUAGAGUACCGAAAACGGAAACAAGAAGCCAAGGAGUCUGCCGGUGGGGGAACUGGCUCCUUGCAGAGCAAAAGCAAGUCUGCAGGCGCCGGGCCAAGCAGCAGUGAUGCAGGCUCUGACUCCGGCCCCCACGGCGGACAGGGCUCCUCAGCCCGAGCCCCGUCUUCCCCUCACAAAAAAUUCUCUCCGUCUCAUUCCUCUGUGUCCCAUUUGGAGGCGGUAAGCCCAUCAGACUCCAGGGGCACAACGUCAACUCACUGCAGGCCUCAAGAGAAUAUCAGCAGUAGAUGGAUGGUUCCCACAUCGGUAGAACGGCUUCGAGAAGGAGGGAGCAUCCCGAAGGUCCUCCGGAGCAGUGUGCGUGUGGCCCAGAAAGGAGAGCCCUCUCCCACAUGGGACAGUAACACCGCAGAGAAGGACCCAGACCCUGCCGAUGCCGAAGGCCCAGAGGCACUGAGUUCGGCACUCUCUAAAGGGGCCACUGUUUACAGCCCGUCCAGGUACAGCUAUCAGCUCCUGCAGUGUGACAGUCCACGGACAGAAUCACAAAGCCUCCUUCAGCAGAGCCCCUCCCCUUUUAGAGGACAUCCCACGCAAUCUCCAGGGUACAGUUACCGAACUCCAGCACUGAGGCCUGGAAACCCUCCCUCCCAUGGUUCUUCAGAGUCAUCCCUCUCUUCUGCGUCCUAUUCCAGCCCUGCCCACCCUGUUUCCACAGACUCACUGGUCCCAUUUUCAGGGACACCAGGGUAUUAUAGCAGCCAGCCGCAGUCCGGAAACGGCCCUGGGAGCAGUCUUCCGAGGAGGAACUGCCCUUCGAGUGCUGCGAGCCCUCCCCCACAGGGCCCCUCAGACUCCCCAAGCCCAGACUCGGUUUCGCAGUCCAGCACAGGAACUCCGAGUUCCACCUCCUUUCCUCAGAACUCUCGGUCGUCGUCGUUGCCAUCAGACUUACGGACUAUCAGUCUGCCCAGUGCUGGGCAGUCAGCUGCCUGCCAGGCCUCCAGGGUAUCUGCGGUUUCCAAUUCACAGCACUAUCCACACCGUGGGAGUGGGGGUGUGCCCCAGUAUCGACUCCAGCCGCUGCAAGGGUCAGGAGUCAAGACUCAGACAGGACUUUCCUAGGGCUUCUGGACUUGGGCAUACAGACGGAAUGAGCCCAUGGCUGCUUCCUGCCAGCUGCCUCUGGAUCCUAGGCCAAGCAUCCUGCUGGGGAAGGGAGGUACACGGUGCCAGAGGAUUGGGGUCUGGUCAGCAAGAAACAAGACUUGUGGUCCCGACUGGCCUCUGGCCUUGGAGAAAGAUGUAAAUCUUGUCUGAAGCAGUGACUAUAAAGAAGUUUCUCCCUGCUGUUAAGGGGUACAUUGUUGAUAGGCAAAUGGUGUUUUGGUUAGUAACGGUUCUAAGUGCAAUGAGUUGUGUUGAAGCCUCAUCUCCCAACCUUGCCCGUAGCCUAUAGUCACUUGUGCAGUGAGAACAUCGUUUAAUUUUUUUUUUUUAAUUCUUUUCAAAGGAAAAAAAAAGUUAAAAGAGCCAAUCUUAAUGCCCAAAGCCAUCUGAGUAGCAUAAGGGUUUUAUGCACAAAGGACACAAAGGUAGGCAUGUAAAUGUUCGCCUUGAAACACCUAGUCUAAAAGGAAGUGAUCUGGCCGAGGUAACACCCACCAAAAACAUUCUCAAGGCUUUGCCUUAACACCACCAAUAAGUAGUAAGGCGCGGAGCAGGCUCUGCCUGAGGAGUGCCUGGGUCUCUGAAAAGGAGCUCAUGCGCGGUCGGCUCUUGAUCGAGGCCAGGAGCAGGUUGUCUUGGUAAGUGCAGGUUCUCUGCAGCUCCGGCUCUUACAGUCCCACUCUUCCAGCGAGUCCACGCCUCAGAGACCUGUGAAGCAUGUAGGCAAAAGAAACGGUGAAUGGUGCGUGAGAUCGGCCAGCUAGAUGGCUCCUUGUUCGCCUUGGGCAAUAAAUUUGAUUGGGAUUUGAUACCCAAGCGGUUUGGGGAUUGUUUGAGGUUUUGUUUUGUUUUGUUUCUGCUCCCAAUCAAUCAGGAGUUGAGGAUCCCAUGAGUCGCACCCCCCUCCGUGGCUGGGGGGAGUGCACUCAUGGCUGCAGGGUGAGAAUGGUGGAGUGGCACGGCCAGGACUGGGACUGUGUGGGCACACCCCAUGUUGCUUUGGGUGGUGGGGGGUUGCUCUUGCUGGAGAGUGGACAAGUUGAGAGUUACCAAGCCAGCCCACACCGCGCGCUGCACUGUGCUGAGUGAGCAGUGAGAGCAGAGUGGCUUCUCCCCGUCAGUGCGCUGUGCCUGCUGUACUCCCCUGGGGGCCUGGAGCCAGGCCAGGCGGGGUACACAAUCUUUAAAUUCCAUACGGUUGCCAGCGGCUUUCUUUCACUUGUUGACUGUAAUAUCCAGCGUGUUUUUAUUUAUCUAAUUUUGUAUUCAGUUGUAACCACGGUAGGGGUAGUGAGUGUCUGACAGGUGUACACCCUGGUGCUGCAGUGGACCUUACUUCUUUUCUUUGGGACAAGAUAAUACUGUGAGUCUCCCUCCUUCCUUCCCUCUUCAUUGUUUCUCCUCCUCCUCCUCCCUCUUUGCCCAGCCUCUUGCAUACCCAGCCUUUCACCUUCUCCUACAACUAUCAGAUGCACAGUCCUCUCUCUCUGUGUGUGACUGUUACAAAAUUUCACUUUUCAGAAUUGAAAUCAGGUGUUUGCUCACAUGAGGGGAGAUAUUUUAUUUGUUUAGUGCUGAGACUUCAGCAGAGUUCUUCUCUUUGUUGUCCCCACAAGCCCAUCCGUCUGGGAGAGCAUAGGGAGUGGAGUCGAGCUGCCUGGGAUGCUGGUUUCUCUGUAUAUUAUAUAAAGCGUAUGUCAGUGUCUCUCCAUUUGGGCUGGGGUUCGCAUUCUCCCUCUGUGUGAUAACCAGGGGGAGAGGCCAGCGGGCAGGCUGCCCUCACCCUGCCUGGCACGCGCAGAGCCCCCAGCCACUCUGUGUGGGCAGGGUGCUGUCAAGACCAGACCUCUUGG